GAGUGGAUGGCACGUCAGCAUUCUCAGCUUUCUGGCCAUUCCUGUCCAGCUCAAACAUUGCCCUGGCGUUUCUGGGGAGUAGAAACACUGCCAACUAAUUGGUUUUACUGUCCAGUUACACACUUGGGUUUCUAGCACGGGAUCAUCCACCCAUCGGAUCACACCAGCCACAGACCCGCCGUCAUGUCCAAGCCAAAGAGCUCCGAGUCCGUGCGGGUGGUGGUGCGCUGCCGGCCCAUGAACAGCAAGGAGAAAACUGCUUCCUACGAGAAAGUUGUUAAUGUGGAUGUCAAGUUAGGGCAGGUCUCAGUGAAGAAUCCGCGGGGAGCAUCUCAUGAACUGCCUAAAACUUUCACCUUUGAUGCCGUGUAUGACUGGAAUUCCAAACAGGUCGAACUCUACGAUGAGACCUUCAGACCUCUUGUGGACUCUGUUCUGCAAGGGUUUAAUGGGACAAUUUUUGCCUAUGGGCAGACUGGGACGGGGAAAACAUAUACGAUGGAAGGGGUGCGUGGUGAUCCCGAAAAGAGAGGGGUCAUCCCCAAUUCAUUCGAUCACAUCUUCACCCACAUCUCUAGAUCUCAAAAUCAGCAAUACUUAGUUAGAGCGUCUUAUUUGGAAAUAUACCAAGAAGAAAUCAGAGACUUGUUAUCAAAGGAUCAGUCCAAGCGGCUGGAGUUGAAGGAGAGACCAGACACAGGGGUGUUUGUUAAGGAUUUGACCACCGUUGUUACGAAAAGCGUCAAAGAGAUCGAGCACAUCAUGAAUUUGGGAAACCAGAACCGCUCCGUUGGUGCCACCAACAUGAACGAACACAGCUCUCGAUCUCAUGCCAUUUUCCAGAUCACCAUUGAAUGCAGCGAGCUGGGACUGGACGGAGAGAAUCACAUCCGUGUCGGGAAGCUCAACCUGGUCGACCUCGCAGGCAGCGAGCGGCAAGCCAAGACUGGGGCACAGGGGGAAAGGUUAAAGGAAGCUACUAAAAUCAACCUCUCUCUCUCAGCUUUGGGCAACGUCAUCUCUGCCCUGGUAGAUGGGAAAAGCACACACAUUCCGUACCGGGACUCCAAGCUGACCAGGUUACUCCAGGACUCGUUAGGUGGCAAUGCCAAAACUGUGAUGGUGGCCAAUAUAGGCCCUGCCUCCUACAACGUGGAGGAGACACUGACCACACUGAGAUAUGCCAACCGUGCCAAAAACAUCAAGAACAAGCCACAGGUCAAUGAGGAUCCUAAGGAGGCUCUGCUACGAGAAUUCCAGGAGGAGAUUGCUCGACUCAAGGCACAGCUGGAAAAACGGUCUAUUGGCAAAAGAAAGAGGAGGGAAAGGAGGAGAGAUGGUGGGGAAGAGGAGGAGGACACUGAAGAGGGUGAGGAUGAAGGAGAUGACAAAGAUGACUACUGGAGGGAGCAACAAGAAAAGCUGGAGAUUGAGAAGAAAGCUAUAGUUGAGGAUCACAGCUUGGUAGCAGAAGAAAAAAUGAGGCUGCUGAAAGAGAAGGAGAAGAAAAUGGAGGACCUGAAGCGAGAGAAGGAAGCGACAGAAAUGCUGAGUGCUAAAAUCAAGACAAUGGAAAGCAAGCUCCUGGUGGGAGGGAAAAAUAUUGUGGAUCACACAAAUGAACAGCAGAAAAUCCUGGAACAGAAACGACAGGAAAUUGCAGAACAGAAACGUCGGGAGCGAGAAAUCCAGCAACAGAUGGAAAGUCGGGACGAGGAAACACUAGAGCUGAAGGAGACCUAUAGUUCCCUUCAGCAAGAGGUGGACAUAAAGACCAAAAAACUCAAAAAGUUAUUUUCCAAGCUGCAAGCUGUGAAGGCAGAGAUCCAUGAUCUCCAAGAAGAGCACAUCAAGGAGCGCCAGGAACUGGAACAGACCCAGAAUGAACUUACCAGGGAACUAAAGCUAAAGCACCUGAUUAUUGAAAAUUUUAUUCCCUUGGAAGAAAAGAAUAAGAUCAUGAACAGAUCAUUCUUUGAUGAAGAGGAAGAUCACUGGAAACUGCAUCCCAUAACCCGUCUGGAUAACCAGCAGAUGAUGAAAAGGCCAGUAUCUGCUGUGGGAUACAAAAGGCCCCUGAGCCAACACGCCAGGACAUCCAUGAUGGUUCAUCCAGAGGCUCGGUACAGGGCAGAGAACAUCGUGUUACUGGAACUGGACGGGCCCAGCCGAACGACGAGGGACUACGAAGGUCCAGCCAUCGCUCCCAAAGUUCAGGCAGCUCUAGAAGCAGCUCUGCAGGAUGAAGAUGAGAUUCAGGUGGACGCCUCGACCUUUGAGAGCACUUCAAAUAAAAAAUCAAAACCCAGGCCGAAAACUGGAAGGAAAUCGUCGGGAUCCUCGUCAGCAGGCUCCCACAGUUCUCAGCUCUACCCACAGUCACGAGGGCUGGUUCCAAAGUAAAACCAGCAGCUCCUCUCCAGGGAGGGAACAGCCUUUGCCUUCUGGGAGCAGAGACAAAUAAAAACCUGCAGAGAGAGCUCCCGGCCAGCCUCCAGCCCCUUUCCCUGGAGAUGGCCUUGUUGCUGUUUGACUGACUCGGGCCAGUCCAGGGGCACUGAGCCACGGGAAGAUCCGUGCUUGCAAUUCAGCAUUUGGCCUCUGUGGGAAAUGGAUUUUAGUUAGGAAAUCAAAAAUGCAUGAGGUACGUUAAAGUGUGUUAGGAGCAAUGGGAAGCAUGGGGAUCACCUCACAGCAUCACCGUCCUCCUCCUGCACCAGCCCUUCUGCUGCACUGGGCUUUUUGGCUGUUGGGCAGUAAGAAGACAGAGUUGAAAGUCAUCUCAACAGAACCAUCAUUCCAGAGCUACACAGUGAGAACCAAAUGAGGCUAAAAAGCAGAGGAUCUGUUUGAACUUGACAAGGUGCACAUUUCUUCCUCUUCCUGCUUGAGAGAUCUGGGGUUAAGGUGUUGGUCUGAACAGGCAGGAUGGCAGUGGCCAGUGUGUCCUCAAAAACACACAGCUGUGCCUCCCUUUAGAGCUGUAGGACAAAAAGGGGUCUUGAAAACAAUUCUGUGCUCUCUAGAAAGGAAGCAGUAGAAUCUGAAGUCCUUUCCUUGUUUACAGGCAUAAGUAAGAGCUCCUCUGUGCUGACCUCCUACAGACCUCACCCCUACCAACAGGAACCACCUUGUCAAGGAACACCUCUGCAUGCCAGUGCCAGCUCCACAGCUUUCCUCCUCUCUCUUGCCUCCUACUUUACCCCUGGCAUUUAAAACCAGUGUCCAUAUGACAUCUUUAAUGGCAUAUGGCCAUUUUCUCAUGUCUCUCACUCUUCAUGGGAAAUGUAGCAUUGGCUCAGAGCUCUUCCUGCCAGGCUCAGGCUCUCCUGUAAGCUGGGCAGAGCACUGGAACAUGUAGCUGCCUUUGAGUGCACUCCUGGGAGUAUGGUCCCUUCCCUUGGUGUCUAAUGAGGUUCAGCAUUUGGUGCCUCACUUGUUCCAGGGUUGAGCAGCUUUCCCUCUGCACCUCCCAGCCCAUGCAGAGCCCACUGGGAGUGAAAGCAGAUCUAACUGAGGCUGGAUGAUGGAAGCUGGUGUUAAUUCCAGGGGUUUUACUUUGAAAACAAGGGAGGAAGAACUGCUUUUGAUGGUCUCCUUGCAAAGCUGCCCUAUGACUAAAGCAGCCUCCUGUAACGCCGCAGGCUCGUGUAGCAGGCUAGAGGGAGGUGGAACUCCACACUAAGGACAGAGUAAGGUGUCCCUGUCUAGUGUCCCACAGCUCAUUUGUAAGUUUUAGUUCGCUGUAUAUUGAGACUUGGGAUGUUACUUUUUCUGGUUGCUCUUGGCUGUCAUCCUGUGAACGUUUUUACCUGUUCCCCUCACUGACGACUUCCUCCAGACUGACACGUGUGAGUGUGUGAGGACUUGCCUGGUUGUAGAAAUGCUCUGAUGUGUGGACUCUGCCUUGUGCUUGUUAAGUGUCCAUGGAGUGACUUCACCCAGGCUGGAGAACUCCGUUCUGCUGACCCCCUGAGCAGGAGGAACCGAGCGCUCAGCACAGCUCACCUCUGCAUCCUGCAGGCACGGUGCCCAGGUGAGCCAGCUGCCCAGGUGGGCCCUUAAACACCAACUUGGCUGCUGCAACCCAUGGACUGCUUCCCUGGGCCACAACGUUAAUAUAUGGAUUCACAUAUAUGCACAUAUAAAUAUAUAUAUAUAUUAGUUUUGGUGGAGGAAGGAGGAAUUUGCUUAUAAUUGAGAGAGCAGGCACAUGACCAAUUUCUUUCAACCUGAACAUGGAAUCCCAGCAUAAUCUUCCUUUUUAUAAAGCACUGUUUAUAUCCA